AACCACUGGGGCUGCCAAAGAGCCAAAAAAACUAGUGUACUCAUGGUAACUAUAUUUAUGUUGAAUUGUUUAAUAUAUGUGCUUUGAUUUAGGACAUCUGGAUAUGAAUGAUAAGGGUUGAACGAAAACACUUGGACCCUGCGGAUUACGUAAUGGAAAAUUUGAACGGCUGCAUGGCGUAUAAGUCUCCAGGGUCAAUUGGCGGCCAACAAUUUGUUGUACGCAAUUGUCAGGACUCCAAUAUUUACUUGCUGGACCAUACCGGUUCAGUAACUGUGGAUGAUUGUCAGAGAUGCACAAUUGUGCUAGGACCAACCAAACAAAGCGUUUUCGUGAGGGACACAAUCAAUUCAACAGUGGUAGUUGCCUGUGGUCAGUUUAGAGUUCGUGACUGCGCAUCUUUAAAGAUUUCAUUGUUUUGUUCUACUCAGCCGGUGAUAGAGUCCAGUCGAGAAUUGCAAUUCAGUUGUUACCAGUUUUAUUACAACCAAUUGGCUGAUCAAUUUGUCAAAGCCGAUCUUAAUGUAUGGAAUAACAAUUGGAGAACCGUGUACGAUUAUACAUGGAACGAAGGUGACAACUGGGUGGUAAAUGAAGAGCCCAUAGUUGUCCAGUUAUCUGAAGAAUUACACAAGUAUGGAAUUUCAAAUGAAUCCGAAAAAUCAAUUGUGCCUCUCACCAAAUGUAAUCAACAGUCUGGAGAAAAUUGUUUUGUUGCUUUUGCAUGUGGAACUGAAGCUUCACGAUUUGUACAAGCUUUACAAUCACAUGAGACAGAUUUAUUGCUAAUAAAAUGCAAUUAUAGUGAUGGCAAAGACGCAAAAGUGUUCCAAGAACGAGCCAAAAUAUUUGGGAAUAAAAAAGUUGAAACCAUUAUUGGACUACAAAUACAGGGGCCACAUGCUAUAAGCAAAUGUUCAGCGAUUUUAGCUAUUGAUUUUCCUCAGUUUAUAACAAUGAUCAGUAAAACGGACACUGAAGCUAAAGAACUAAUUAAGGUGUUUUUCCACAUAUUUGAGAGUGAAUUUCAACCGUAAUGGUAAAAUAAUUUUAAAAUUAAUUUGAUUUAAUUUUUAUAAAAAUAUUCCACUGUCUUAAUGUAAUAUAAACAUUAUUUUAAGACAACAUUGUUAGUUUUAUUUUCAGAUAUUGUUUAAUAGCAAAUUUUAAAUUAAUGAAAAAAUUAUUAUUUAAACAUAAUUAUAAAUGCAUUAUAUAAAUCAAUGUAAUUCAUGGUUCAUUCAAUAUAUUUAAAUUUUGUAGACUUAGUAUAUUUUAAAAAAAUUAUUAUAAUUGGUACUAUAUUGUACUAUUUCAAGUAGAAAACUUUUCAGAUUCAAUUCUGUUGUGUAUUGUACCAAUUUGUUAUAUUCUAAAAUUAAAAUGAAGCUAUUAUUCAUUAUGCAUUUUGCUCCUCAAUAAUUAAGAGGAUGUUAGUGCACUGUUUGUUUUCUCUCUGGCCCACACAAUAUAGACAAGACACAAUCACGCAAUCAUUUUUUUUGUAAUGCUUUUGAGGGUAUUCACUAUUCAAUAUAUAAAAUUGCCUAAGUAUUGUCUCAAAACAAUUUAUUAUUCAAUUAAAUGUAUUAAUUUUAUUUUUAUUUUGUAAGUCUAAUAAUAAUAAAAUGUAAAACUAAUAAUAUGUCAAACCUCAAAAAUAU